AUGAAGAUCGUUCGUCGAAAUCUCGCACACGAUGGCCCGGGCAGUGUAAAAAUGGUCCCAGAAGAAGCAGAUGAUUUGUGGAUGGCUUAUAAUCUGAUUGCCGAGGGUGAUACCGUCUUAGCUGUCACCGUCAGGAAAGUUUUAAGAGAAGCUGCUUCCGGAGGAAGAGAUGCAGAAAGAGUGAAACUGAAAUUGGAAAUCAAAGUAGAGGCUGUAGAGUAUGACAAAGAAGGAUCUGUCUUACGUAUACGUGGGAAGAAUAUUUUGGAAAAUGAACAUGUGAAGAUAGGGGCAUUUCACACCCUAGAAAUUGAGCUACACCGACCUUUUGUGUUGAGGAAGGAGUUUUGGGACUCACUGGCCUUGGAGGUGCUCCGUCAAGCAUCCGAUCCUACAGCGAGCGCUGAUCUGGCUGUUGUACUGAUGCAAGAAGGUCUAGCUCAUAUUUUACUUGUUGGAAAAAGUGUGACAACCACUCGUUCUCGCAUAGAGACUUCAAUACCUCGCAAGCACGGACCUGGUAUAGCAGGCUAUGAUAAAGCCUUGAACAAGUUUUUUGAUAAUGUCUUACAGGCCUUCCUUAAACACAUUGAUUUCAAGGUGGUUCGUUGUGCUGUCAUUGCAAGUCCAGGGUUCACUAAGGAUCAAUUUCACCGGCACUUAAUGUUGGAGGCAGAAAGGAAACAAUUGAGAUCUAUCAUUGAGAACAAGUCGCGCAUAAUUCUUGUGCAUACCACCUCUGGAUACAAGCAUAGCUUGAGAGAGGUUUUGGAAGCUUCAAAUGUUAUGAAUAUGAUAAAAGAUACUAAAGCUGCACAAGAGGUUCGAGCACUUGAGGAUUUCUUUACCAUGCUUUCAAAUGAUCCUGAUCGUGCAUGCUAUGGACCAAAGCACGUUGAAGUUGCCCAUGAGCGGAUGGCCAUCCAGACACUUCUCAUUACUGAUGAGCUUUUCAAGAGUUCAGAUAUAGCAACAAGGAAAAAGUACGUCAACUUGGUGGAUUCAGUGAAGAAUUCAGGAGGCACUGCUCACAUCUUCUCAUCCAUGCAUGUUUCAGGAGAACAACUGGCUCAGUUGACUGGUAUUGCUGCAAUUCUUCGUUUUCCUCUUCCUGACCUGGAAGACAUAGAAAUGUAA